AUGACGCGCAAGAACUCGCGGCCGCCGUCCGUGCGCGACCGGGAGAACAAGCGCGAGGCCGAGGAGCGCUACGCCGCCGAGGAGAUGCUCGGCAUGCACGCCGGCGCGUGCCACCUCCGCGACAGCCCGCCGGAGGACCGGGAGUGGGCCGAGACCGUGCGCGAGCUCAAGAAGGACCGCGUGCGCAACGAGCGGGCCAUCGAGAAGUCCUGGCUCAUGAUGGAGGAGGAGAAGCGCCUCGACGCGCUGAGCCCGCGGCUGCGGAUCUGCUCGCUGUCCGUCAUGGCCUGGGCGCAGUACGUGCGCCUGAACAAGCUCGCGCGGCGCAAGGCCGUCGUCCAGGCGAACGCGCGCGCGCUCAACGCCGUGCGCAAGCUGCGGGCGCGGAACACGAAGAUGUGCGCGCUCCAGAACCUCGUCGCGUCCGCCGUCGCGAAGAAGGACAAGAAGCGGCAGGUCGCGCGGCACCUCAAGAAGGCCGCGGCGGCGCACAAGGCCGCGGCGCACCUCCAGGCCGUCUUCUCCGCGAACCACGCCGACGACCGCUUCCAGGACCGCGGCAUGCCCAAGCAGACCCACGACCUCGAGCUGCCCGAGCUCGACCUCGAGCGCGACUGCGGCUACGUGCGGCCGGGCGAGCGCGCGGCGCCCGCGCAGGCGCUCCGGAGCUUCCACGGCAAGAUCUCCUACCGGGGCAAGUGGGGCGGCCCGUCGCCGAAGCCGAAGCUCCCCGAGGCCGCGGCGCCGCCGGACUUCGACGACGCGUCCUUCGUGUCCUUCCGGGGCACGGUGGACCGGCCCCUGGGGCUCGGCGGCCGCGUGCCGCCGUGGCUCGCGUGCGGCGACGACGACGACGAGAGCCUGCCGUCCUGCGUGUCGCCGCUGUCGCGGCCGGCCAUCGUGCCGCCGUCCCUGCCC